AUGUUGCAGUACGAGCCCCUCAUCGGGAGCGAUAUUCGCCUUUUGCAACUACGCCCGCUCGACCCGUGUGACAACGGUCUGGUCUAUUGUAAGCUCGUUCAGGCGCCUCUGGAAUCUGUUCGGUCAAAGUACAAAGCUCUAUCCUACGCGUGGGGGGAUGCAAAAGUCAGACGCACCAUCUCGAUCAAUGGCGAAGAGGUUCAGGUCAACGCUAGCCUGGAAGAGUGCCUCCGCCAGUUCUGCCAGCCGGAUCAAGACGACCUGCCGUAUCACCUCUGGGUGGACGCGCUGUGCAUAAACCAGGCGGACCUGUCGGAGCGCAGCGCGCAGGUGAUGCGGAUGAAGGAUAUCUACUCGGCGGCCGAAGAGGUGCUUAUCUGGCUGGGUCCCGAAGGCGAGCACACGCGGGCCGCGAUUGCCUGCUUUGAGACGAUUUGCUUCGAGACCAUGUGCAUCGGCCAGAGGAUGCGGAAUGACGGCAAUCUAGACAGGCACUACUUUGAGGUUGCAGCGGAUCAGUGGAAAACCGUUGCCAUGCGAGGUGCAGAUUCGGAAGAGAUGAGAGGAAUGUUCGAUUUGCUGACACGAGACUGGUUUUGCCGCGUGUGGAUUCUGCAGGAGCUCAGCAUGGCGCAGCAGGCGACGUUCGUCUGUGGCGUCAUGCGUACGGAUGUUGGAAACCUUUGGGUUCCGGCAAUGGGCUAUGUAUUGGCCACGAUGGUGGAUGAUAUGGCCGAGUCGGGUUGGGAUAAACUCCAGCAGAACAUCCCGAUCUUUUACAACAGGAGGUGUAUGAACUCUCUGUGCAUGUUAUUGAAGUUGGUAGACUUCGAUUUGUGCGAGGAAUACCGGGGACGACGUACCGUACACGACUAUAAUUUUGAUGGUGUCGACGUGUUCCAAGUCCAGGGGUCACGCGUUCUCGGAAGUCUGGAAGCCUUGCUGCUCGAAUUACCUUUGCAGCUUGCCACUGACCCACGAGAUAAGAUCUAUGGAGUCCUUGGGAUAAGCUCCGAUUUUGCACAAGGUGGAAUCGUCCCAGACUACGCUUUGCCGGUAGCCACAGUGUUCAUGGAUGCCGUCGCGAGCAUGUUGAGGCAGAGCAGUUCUCUGUACCUGCUGAGCGGGUGUGAUAUGAGCCUGCGCCAGCACAGUAUGGUUAAAGAGCACAUUCCGACAUGGGUGCCGACGUUAUGGACUAUUAAUGACCAAGAUGCAAAGAUGAUGCCCAUACCUAUCGAGACGCACAUUCCCGGUUCGCCAAAAACACCAGCUUACACGGCAUCAGGAGGACUUGCUCUGUCUUCGCACCCUUGGCAUGUGAACUUGGAGCUGGCACGUUUGAGUCUUUCGGGGAUUGUAAUCGACAGCGUCAAGCGAUUGACCGAGAUUAUUGGGCUAGAAUUUGAUACCAAAAGAAUGAAUGACACGGAGCUUAUCAAUCGGCUUGCCAACGGGAGGCUCGACGAGCUGGUGUUGGACCAAAACGCCGAGUAUCCCUUGACAGGAGAAAAGGCAUGGGAGGCAGGGGCGAUAACAAUGACGGCAAAUUAUCCCAAGCGUCGGGACAUGCUGGCCGAGGAAAUUCCCAAUGCCUUCAAGCCGGUCGAAUGGCCCCCGAUUCUGCAUGAGCAAGGCGAUCGGCGCGUUUGGUGCUUGGGUAAAGACAACAUGAUGGGCGCAGUGGUGAUGCAAUAUUGCUCAGAUGGGAGGCUGGCCGAGUCUUGCAAUGGGUGGUUUUGCUUGGUUCCAAAUGACACCAGAGAAGGAGACAAAAUUGCAAUGCUUGUCGGCGGGGCAACUCUUUGCGUCCUGCGACCACAAGAUGAUGCCCGGUCGGGAGUUCAUGAUAAAACAUGGCAAUUGGUGGGCGCAGCCUAUGUCCACGGGAUGAUGGAUGGCCAAGCGUUUGGCCUAGGGGAGGUUGGCGAGAUUGUACUGGUCUGA